GGCUGGGUGGGCAAAGCAAUCAAGCUUUUAGCAACAAGUAGAGGCUAGGAUUGCUCACAAAUCCAUAAGACUACUGAAAAGCCCUUAUCUUAUCAUCUCCCACACCUUUUCACAAGAUUUCCUAGCUCCUCCCUUUCAAAGGAAAAAGGUCUUUCCUUUUCUUGGCAUCCCUCAUAUCUCUCUUCUCUAUUUUCUGCACGUAGUCAACAGCUCAACGCAUUGCUGAGGACUUUGAACUGAGAUUCAGCUGCAAUUUCAGUGAAGUUGUUGAGUAGCUGAAACUUUUUUGCCAAAAUAACUGUUCUUAGAAAAGGGUGAUAGAAGAUGGCCCCAAGGUCUGGCAGGGGCAAGUCGAAUAGAGCAAAAGCAGAGAAGAAGAAGAAAGAGGAGAAAGUUGUUCCAACUGUUUUUGACAUCACUGUCAUUACUCCUUAUGAAUCACAAGUUAUACUCAAGGGUAUCUCCACUGACAAGAUACUUGAUGUAAAAAGGCUGUUGGCUUCCCAUGUGGAGACGUGCCACCUUACAAACUAUUCUUUAGCUCAUGAGGUCAAAGGGAAGAGAUUGAAUGACAGAAUAGAAGUUGUUACUCUGAAACCAUGUUUGCUCAAAAUGGUUGAAGAGGACUACACCGAGGAAUGUCAGGCGGUGACUCACGUGCGGAGACUCCUCGACAUCGUAGCGUGCACCACCAGGUUCUCGAGGCCCAAACGAAUCCGAUCACAAUCAACAUCAGCGUCGUCCGAUUCAAAAUCCAAAAAGAUCAAUCGUAGGGCCCAGCAGCCCAACAACAGCGCUCCACCUCCUCCUUCGCCGUCCGAUGGAGGAGUUGAACCGACACCACAAACGACGUCGGUUUCGGCGGCGGUCUCGGAGAGCAUGGACAUGGCCGCCAUUCAUCCUACCCCGAAAUUAUCGGAGUUUUACGAUUUCUUCUCUUUCUCUCACCUCACUCCUCCCAUUCUCAAUUUAAGGAGAUGUGACCCAAAGGAUGUAGAAGAGAGGCGUGAUGGAGACUAUUUUGGAAUGCAGAUAAAAAUCUGCAAUGGGAAGCUAAUACAGGUGGUUGCAUCAGCAAAAGGGUUUUGUUCUAUGGGAAGCACUUUUUCCAGCCACAGUUUGUUAGAUCUUUUGCAAAAUCUCAGUCAAGCCUUUGCCAAUGCAUAUGAAACCCUUAUGAAGGCUUUUCUAGAACACAAUAAGUUUGGUAAUCUUCCCUAUGGAUUUCGUUCAAAUACAUGGCUUGUCCCUCCCCCUGUUGCUGAGUCUCCAUCAAACAUCGCCUCUUUUCCAUCAGAAGAUGAACUCUGGGGUGGUAAUGGAGGAGGCCAGGGAAGAAAUGGUGAAUAUGAUCUUUGGCCAUGGGCUACAGAUUUUGCGAUAUUGGCUAGCCUUCCAUGCAAAACUGAGGAGGAGAGAAUUGUUAGAGAUCGCAAGGCCUUUUUGCUUCAUAGCCGAUUUAUUAAUGUCUCAAUCUUUAAAGCUGUUGCUGCGAUACAGCGUGUUAUGAAUUCCAGGUUAAAUACCAAGGACACUGUAAAUUGCAAUCUGAACUCAGUCCUUCAUGAGGAUCAUGUAGGUGACUUGUCCAUUAUAGUAAAACAUGAUCUGGGAGAUGCAAAUUUUAAACCUGAGGUAAAAGUUACUGGCUGUCAAUCAUCUGACAUGACUGCCGAGGAGAUUGCUCAAAGGAAUUUACUUAAAGGGAUAACUGCAGAUGAGAGUGUAGUUGUUCAUGAUACUUCCUCAUUGGGCACUGUCAUUGUUAGACAUUGUGGGUACACUGCAAUUGUAAAAGUUGUUGGUGAUGUGAAGAAGGAAAAGUGUGAUGCUAAGGACAUUGAAAUUGAUGAUCAACCAGAUGGGGGAGCUAAUGCUCUUAAUAUUAACAGCCUAAGGGUUUUACUUCACAAGUCAUGCACUGCAGAAUUAACUGGAGGAGGCCAGUUACAUCAAUCCAAUUUGAAUGAUUCAGAAGCUUCUAGAUGUCUUAUCCAGAGAGUAAUUAAAGAGAGUUUGACCAAAUUAGAUAAGAAGUCAGUUGCUCCUGAAAGGUCUAUAAGAUGGGAACUUGGUUCUUGUUGGGUGCAAUAUCUACAAAAGCAGGAAUCGUCAAUGGAUGGUAAUUCAAAAGGCCCUGACAAUGAUUGUGAGGCUGAACCUGCUGUCAGAGGUCUUGGAAAGCAAUUUAAAUUUUUAAAGAAAAGGGGUAAAAAACCAAGUAACGUAACUACUGCAAUUGACAAGGAAGAGAACAAUUCUGAGUCUUGCAGUAUGGAUGUGAAGUCUAAUCUAGGUCACGAAAGCAAUGGUGAAUCCAGCAGUGAAUUGGAAUUGAAGAACCUGAUUUCUAAAGAAGCCUACUCACGUCUUGAAGAAAGUGGAACUGGUCUUCACUUAAAGUCAGCUGAUGAGCUCAUUAAGAUGGCAUACAAGUAUUAUGAUGACAUUGCUUUACCAAAGCUGGUAACAGACUUUGGAUCACUUGAACUUUCUCCUGUUGAUGGCCGUACGCUAACUGACUUCAUGCAUUUAAGGGGACUACAGAUGCGCUCUUUGGGUUGUGUGGUUGAACUUGCUGAGAAGCUACCUCACAUACAAUCACUGUGCAUCCAUGAGAUGGUUACUCGAGCUUUCAAACAUGUACUCAAAGCAGUUGUUGCAUCUGUUGACAAAUUUGAGGACUUACCUGCCGCUAUAGCUUCAUCCUUAAAUUUCUUACUUGGAAAUAGUGGAGGGGAAGACAAUGACCAAAAUGCAAAUGAUGACUAUUUUCUAAAACUGGGGUGGUUAAGAAAGGUUCUUGCUGCAAAAUUUGGUUGGACACUGAGAGAUGAGUUCCAGCAUUUAAGAAAACUAUCAAUUCUUCGAGGACUUUGCCAUAAGAUUGGGUUAGAGUUGGUUCCUAGGGAUUAUGAUAUGGAAUGCCCAGAACCCUUCAGGAUGUGUGAUGUUAUUAGCAUGUAUCCUGUCUGUAAGCAUGUAGGAUGUUCUUCUGCUGAUGGCCGAACAUUGUUAGAGUCAUCCAAGACUGCUCUUGAUAAAGGAAAAUUAGAGGAUGCGGUUAAUUAUGGGACCAAGGCAUUGGCAAAGAUGAUAGCUGUAUGUGGUCCCUACCAUCGAACUACUGCAAGUGCUUACAGUCUUCUUGCCGUGGUUCUCUACCAUACAGGAGAUUUCAACCAGGCAACUAUAUAUCAACAGAAAGCUUUGGAUAUUAAUGAGAGAGAGCUUGGUCUUGACCAUCCAGAUACGAUGAAAAGCUAUGGGGAUCUUUCUGUAUUUUAUUAUCGGCUUCAGCACAUUGAAAUGGCUUUGAAAUAUGUAAACCGUGCUUUAUUCCUUCUUCAUUUUACCUGUGGAUUGUCUCACCCAAACACUGCUGCAACAUAUAUAAAUGUGGCUAUGAUGGAAGAAGGCAUGGGAAAUGUUCAUGUUGCUCUCAGAUAUCUACAUGAAGCUCUUAAGUGCAACCAGAGACUAUUAGGAGCAGAUCACAUACAGACGGCUGCAAGCUAUCAUGCCAUUGCCAUUGCUCUUUCAUUGAUGGAAGCAUAUUCUUUAAGUGUUCAACAUGAGCAAACUACACUCAAGAUACUCCGAGCAAAACUUGGACUAGAUGACCUUCGUACUCAGGAUGCUGCUGCUUGGCUUGAAUAUUUUGAAUCAAAAGCUUUAGAACAGCAAGAAGCAGCACGAAACGGAACUCCAAAACCAGAUGCAUCCAUUGCAAGCAAAGGUCAUCUUAGUGUAUCAGAUCUCCUCGAUUACAUUAGUCCUGAUCAAGAUUCUAAAGGAAGUGAUGUACAUAGGAAGCAGCGACGUGCCAAGGUACUACAGAUCAGUGAUAAAAUCCAUGAUACACACCAUGACUUAGUAACAGAUAGUGCUGCACUCUUUGAUGUCUCAGAGAAAACUGUUGGUACUGCAGAUAGUAAUGGAGUAGGAAUGGUGGCUUCCAUUCAUUCUGAGGAACCAGAAGAAGCUGAUGAUAUUACCAGAAUUGAGCCAAAAACCACAAGUGAAGUUGUUGAAGAGACAACUACCGAUGAAGGGUGGCAAGAAGCCAAUUCGAAGGGUCGGUCAGGAAAUGCUGCUGGGAAGAAGUCUGGAAGGAAGCGUCCAGUUCUUGCAAAGCUCAAUGUAAACAGUUCUGAAUAUUCAAAUGGUAGAGAGGGUGGCUCUAGGCGAGAAAUUAUUUCACCUUUGAGAAAAACAGCCUCCAAGAACAUUAUAAAAGAGGUGUUGCCAGCAAAGCAAACAAAGUCCCGUAGCUUGAGUCCUGGAGGGAAUUCAGUUAGUUUUCAAGCUUCUGUUUCCAAAGUUUUCUCCCCUCUGGCAAAUCUCAGUGCCAUUGCUUCAAAAUCUCUUUCUUACAAGGAAGUAGCUGUAGCACCUCCAGGUACAGUUCUAAAGCCAUUACAGGAGAAGGUAGAAGAACAAAAUGAGGAAAAAACUGAACAGCAGAUGUGCACCAUCCCACCUGAGACACCAAAGGUGGAUGUUGGAAACAAUAUCUCUGUUGUUGAUGAUGUAGCAGAAGAUGAUGAUGAAAAUGAAGGAACUCAUGAUAGUGAAAAUCAAUCAGAAGAAACUGCUACUGAAUUUGAUAAGGCAGCUUCUUCUAAUCAGGAAAAGCCUGGAGAAACGAAGGGGAGUAAGCUAUCUGCAUCAGCUGAACCAUUCAGUCCGGGAGCACUCUACAUGAACCCUCAAAUAAGUUCAGUUGCAGUUACCAGUGUUUAUGAUGUAACAGCCAGUCAAAGCAUGCUUGCAGAGCCUGUUGGGCCUCCAGUUGCUGCUCGAGUUCCCUGUGGACCCAGGUCACCUUUAUACUACAGAAAAAAUCAUUCUCACCCCAUGAAAGAUAGCUUUCUGAGAUACCAAGCUCCUAUUAUGGAACAGAGUGGGUUUGGACCUCCCACAGUUAUGAACCCGCAUGCACCUGAGUUUGUACCCAGCAAUGUUUGGCAAACGAUGCCCGGAACUGCUGAUUCACGUGUCUCAGAUGAGUUAAACUCUUUGAAUGAAGCUAAGAACACAGAAGUGAAGGAAGCUGAUGAGAAGUCCAUUAAGGAAGUUAAAGAUUCUAAGAUGAAAAAGAGCUGCUCUGAGGAGAAAUCAGAGCUAGCAAGGCAGAUUUUGCUUAGCUUCAUUGUCAGGUCAGUCAAGCAGAACAUGAAUCCUACCAGUGAGCCUGCAGUAAGUGACAAGAGGCAUAACUGUACUGAAAAUUCUUCAGAUGCAGUUACAAAUGACAGUGCAAUUAUAAAAAUCCUUCAUGGCCAUGAAGGAAAGGACUUGGAUCCUCGACCCAGUAGCUGUGCAGAACCUAAAGCAUCAGAUGUAAAUAAAAAGAAAACCGGGGAUGGCGAAGGCUUCACAGUAGUAACGAAACGGAGAAGAAACAGGCAGCAGUUUACAAAUGGAGUAACAGGGCUAUACAAUCAGCAAUCAAUCUGUGCUUCUGUUAGAUGAAGAGAGACGCUGAGCCAAAACGCGGAAAAUAACAAGGAAAGUGUCACCCUUUUUUAAUCUUUACGGUUUUAUUUGUUAUAGCAAGGCAGAAAUGGAUGGAAAAGCAGUCUUAGAGAGAAGUUUGGUCAAUCUGGUCUUAGUUCCUAUUUGUUCUGAGAUCCGCUUGGUAUGUGCUAAUAAUCUCUGUAAAGUGGUUCUGAGAUUUUGUUUGAUCAAUAAAAAGGCCAAUUGGUAGUUUUUGUAUUUCCUUUUUUGUAAUAUCCACUCAUAUCGUUGAAAAACCUUCUGAAUUAUUGAAAAAAAUUUAAGUAGUUUUGGUACUUUCUAUUUUAA